AAAUAUUUUUUCAAAAACAUUCACAUAUAUUCAUAACAAGAAAUUUUCUGUUUUUUUGGUAGUGGUGGUGGUGGUGGUGGCACAUGCAUGCAUGGAUGUGUUCCGCCCUGUAAUGGCCAAACCAAACGGGUGCAAGUGGUGCUCGUGUUGGUUUGGUAGCGACCAGAGGCGGAUAUAGAGCGGAUCAAUGGAUUCAACAUCCAUUGCUUCGCUCGAUCCAUGAGUACACAAGCAAAAAAUUAACAUAUUCUGAACUCACGGGUUAUAAAUCCUAGAUUCACCCUCUGCCAACCAUAUAUUUAAAUAGCAUGGUAAAGAGUGGAAGUUCCCGAGAUGAAACCACCGUAGCUGUGGCCAUAGACAGAGACAAGAACAGCCAAUAUGCUGUCCGAUGGGCGGUUGAUAACCUCAAUAUAAAGAAUGGCCAAAUCAUCCUUAUCCACGUUCAUGUCCAAGAAAACCUGCAUUCCCAUUCUCAUAGCAUGAUUCCUAAAGAAGGCCAUUCUCCAACGCUGGCUGAAAUGAAUCAGUUCUUUCUUCCUUAUCGUGGAAUUUGUGCUCGAAAGGGGAUUCAAGCAAAGGAAGUAAUUCUCCAGGACGACGACGUUGCACAUGCAUUAGCUGAGUAUAUCACUCAGACCUUCAUCACCACCAUUGUCGUUGGCGCUUCAACCCGGAAUGCCCUAGCAAGAGCAUUUAAAAACCAAGAUGUGCCAAGCUCUUUAACCAGAUCAGUGCCUGAAUUCUGCUCAAUAUAUGCAAUAUCAAGAGGAAAAGUUCUAAAACUUAAGUCAGCAAGUCAACCUGCCACACCUAGCAGUAAAGCAAGCUCCGGCCAAUCAUCUCAAACAGGAUCUACACAAGAUUCCCCAGUUUCUCAAGCACUUACCGCCCAGGGGAGUUGGAGAAGUACAGGAUCUUCUGAGUUUAUCGGUGCAGGUAGCCAGAGCAUAUCAUUUGAUAGCAGCAGUGCGUCGGAUAGGCUUCCUGUGAGCCAGAAUGCUUCACCAAACUACAGCAGUGCCAGUGAGGGUACGCCACAGGCAUUCUCGGACAGCCAACACAGCAGCACAGCUCCUUCACCAAAUCAUCAAUCUGUUAACAAUAUCGAUGAACUUAUCAAGAAAACUCAACUAGUGAGACAGCCUGGCAGCAAGAAUCUUACUCCUGCACAAUCAUUGGAUCAUAGUGGUGAAUUGGGUGAAGGGAUGCCAAAACCAGAACUGCCCGGAAGCAGUGAAAAUUCCUCUCAGAAUUCAAAUACGGAUUUUAUUCAAAUACUACAUGACAGACACCUUGAUCAUGACCUAAUACCUUCAUCCCAGCGCCCAGUCAAUAACCUAAAUCUUCGUAUCCACACUAAAGAGAAUUCAUCCUACUCUACAUCUGGUUCAAGUAAUCUUUCUGGCUCCUCAAAUUUCCGGUCCUCUGAUAUGUCCUUUGAGCAUUUGGACUCUUGUCACAUUUCAGAUGCUUCUAGGUGCUCCGUCUCCCCCCAAAAUGCAGUAAGUUCAAAUAUGUUCCAUUGA